AUGACAGAAAGAAGACACUCUUUCCGUCAAGAGGACUCUGACAACAGUUUCCCCAACGAGUAUGGUGCCGAAUACAACAACGCCAACGAGGUCAGUUCGACGCCUGACCUAGACAACCUGGAGCUCGAAUACGACCAGUAUAAAGCUGACGAGUUGCAUCCGCAAAGAACUAUCUUGAGCAACCAAGCUGACACGGACCGCGAAAAAAUUGCCAACGUGUUUGUCGAGGAGCAAAGCGUUAGAGACUCAAAUAUUCCUUCAGCUUCCAUUGAGGAGUUACAAUAUUUUGCACACGAAAGCGACGGUGCCAAGGUAAUACCCUCUUACGUGGAGGGGAAUGUCACCGAGCUGGAAUUCUUUAACCAUAGUCUACGCAGUAAAUUCACACUGAAUGCAGCCAAGAACUACAUCCUUUCCAUCUUCCCGAUCAUCCACUGGCUGCCCCACUACAACGUCUACUGGUUUAUUCAGGAUCUGAUCGCAGGUAUCACGGUCGGGUGUGUUCUCGUGCCGCAAUCCAUGUCGUACGCUCAGAUCGCGACUUUACCCCCACAGUACGGGUUGUACUCGUCCUUUAUUGGGGCGUUCAUAUAUUCGCUAUUUGCUACAUCCAAGGAUGUUUGUAUUGGUCCCGUCGCCGUAAUGUCUCUAGAGACAGCCAAAAUUAUCGCCAGAGUCAUGAAAAGGUUCCCCAACGACCCAGACGUGCAAGGCCCCAUCAUCGCAACAACAACGGCACUGCUGUGUGGUGGUAUCGCUGCGGGUGUUGGGUUUCUAAGACUCGGGUUCCUUGUCGAGUUGAUCUCUUUGAAUGCUGUCGCAGGGUUCAUGACUGGCUCCGCUUUGAACAUUAUCUCUGGACAGGUUCCAGCUUUGAUGGGAUACGGUAAGUUGGUCAACACAAGGACAGCGACUUACAAAGUUAUUGUCAACACAUUGAAACAUUUACCAGACACAAAACUGGACGCCGUUUUCGGACUGAUCCCACUGUUCAUUUUGUACUUCUGGAGGUGGUGGUGUAACGGUUACGGACCAAAACUGACAGACAGAUACUAUCCAAAGGGCUCGAGGGGCAAUUUCCUUUGGAAGAAAUUUUACUUCUACGCGCAAGCGUCUAGAAGCGGAAUAAUUAUUAUUGUAUUCACUGCCAUCUCUUGGUCCAUCACGAGACAUGUACCUUCGAAGGAAAGAAGAAUCAGCAUUUUGGGCACUGUCCCCAAAGGUUUGAAAGACGUCGGUGCUAUUAAAGUACCACCUGAAUUGCCUGCCAAGAUCGCUCCUGAGCUACCCGCGGCUGUCAUUGUCCUGCUAUUGGAGCACAUUGCAAUUUCAAAAUCGUUUGGGAGAAUCAACGAUUAUAAAGUUGUUCCAGAUCAGGAGUUGAUCGCCAUUGGUGUCACCAAUUUGAUCGGUACCUUUUUCCAUGCGUACCCUACUACAGGGUCAUUUUCCAGAUCUGCCUUGAAGGCAAAGUGUAAUGUGAAGACUCCGCUUUCUGGUCUUUUCACAGGCUCGUGUGUUCUUCUGGCGUUAUACUGUUUAACAGGCGCCUUUUUUUACAUUCCUAAGGCAACACUAUCUGCUGUCAUCAUCCAUUCGGUUUCUGACUUGGUGGCAUCGUACCACACGACGUGGAACUUCUACAAGAUGAACCCAUUGGACUUUGUCUGCUUUUUGACCACUAUCAUCAUUACAGUGUUCUCCUCCAUUGAAAACGGUAUCUACUUCGCCAUAUGCUGGUCAUGUGCGCUACUGCUUUUUAAAGUGGCCUUCCCUGCUGGUAAGUUUCUAGGUCGUGUUGAAAUCGCCGAGGUAGUUGAUGGUGAGAUCAUUAACGACAACUCCGUGGUGAUGACCACCGAUGACUGUGUGAGUGAGUUUGGCGGUAAUAAGGAGUUUAGUAAGGACAAGCUGAAUGGGAAGUCUGAUUUCAUCGUGAAGGACAAACUGGACUCUACGGCGUCGUCGUCCUCAAUUGCUGAGAACAAACUGAAAUACUACACCAAGUGGGUGCCCUUCGACCACGCUUAUACGAGGGAAUUGAACCCAGAUGUCACAAUCCAACCGCCGCCACCGGGGGUCAUCGUCUACAGAAUGUCGGACAGUUACACGUACAUUAAUGCGUCAAAUCACUAUGAUAUAAUUAUUGAUGAGAUCAAGAGAGUGACAAGGAGAGGACAGCUGUUACAACACCGUAAGAAAUCAGACAGACCUUGGAACGACCCUGGUGAAUGGAAACCUCCCAAGUUUUUGUCGAACGUGUUGCACUGGAGAAAAAAUAAGAAAAAGAACCAGACAGCGGACGUUGAGAGUCUGGAGACGGGUAUUGUGAGGGACGAAAGACCCGUGCUGAAGGUACUAUGUCUGGACUUCUCUCAAGUGGCACAGGUGGAUUCGACAUCUCUACAGUCUUUGGUUGAUUUGAGGAAAGCAGUCAAUGCGUACGCGGAUAGACAGGUGGAGUUCCAUUUCGCCGGUAUUAUAUCGCCUUGGAUCAAAAGAGGGUUAGUCAAGAUUGGGUUCGGCACUGUCAACGAGGAAUUUAGCGACGAAUCGAUCAUUGCUGGUCAUUCUAGUUACCAUCUGGUGAAGAAUACCAUUGGAGAUAUUGAGAAUGGGUACCAGGUCAAGACGGCUACUGGUACCAACUUACCGUUCUUCCACAUCGAUAUUCCAGACUUCAAGAAAUGGGAUAUCUGA